CUGUGUCUGCGCAUGUCCCUUUGCCUCUCUUCCAAGUUCGCUCCUUUUUGUCUCCUCCGCCGCUGCAAAUUCGCCGCCGGGCGACGCGGCCCGAGAUCUCUCUCCUCCUCCUCCUCCCCUUCGUCCCUUCGGAAUCGCGACCGCGUCGUCCCUCGACGGCCUCUGCCCCGGUGGGUCGCUCCCUCCUCGAAAAGGGCCACCCGGGCAAUUCGCCGCUCGCGAGCACCCCUCUUCUUGGAAAUCUCUGGCGCUCUGUCCUUCGCGGACCCGUGAUGAGCUCGCGGUUCUGGGUUCGCUCCUUCGCUUGUUUGGAUGAAGACCCACGUCUCUGAUUCCUCCAAACCCUAGGUUUUUCCCCUCCCUCGGUAGCGGGUUUUUCGCGUGCCCUUUACUCGUGGGUGGGGGGGAAUUCGAAACCCAUGCAGGUAAGUGGGUACGUUUUCGGGGUGAAUUUGUCGAGAGCCUGCUGAUUUGUGUUCUGCCCCCUUCGGAAUGGACCCGAGCGGGGGUCACGUCGUGCUUGAUAUCAGCUCCGACGAGGAGGGGCUGGUCCCGGACGCGCCGAAGGGCGGUGGCAGUGAGAGCUACGAUUGGGUCUCCGAGCUCCUUGGAGUAGAUGAUCUGAUAACCGGCGAUUUGGAUGAAGUGGUCGUGGUGAAGGAGGUCAAUGCAAAGUCAAAGCCGAACAAGCUGGUGGCGGAUGACGACGACGAUGACGAUGAUUGCGUGGUGCUGGAUGGAGAUCCCGAGAAGGCGGUUUCUGCUCCUGAUGAUGCGGUGGACGGAGGUUCGGAUGAUCUGCUCAUUGUUGGAGAAAAGGGGCAGGUUGCAUGUAGAGACUAUCCUCAUCCAAGGCAUGACUGCGUUAUAUUUCCUUUCGGCUCAACCUUGCAUGAGAAGCACUGUAACUUGUGCCAUUGUUACGUAUGCGAUUCACCUGCACCAUGCGCUUACUGGGGAAAAGGUUUGACGGAUGUUGACCAUUGUCAUGCCAAUGACAAACAGGAGAAAUGGAAAGUCUGUAGAAAGAACUUUAUGCUGGGUAAAAGUACUCCUAUGCCUGUUUCGAGUUUUCUACCUCACCCUGUCUCUACGGUGCUUCCACAACCUACUCAAGCCCUGCCUCCUAUAAACAGCCAACCGCCAACCAACUCUAUACCACAAAAUUUACUAUCAAGGCCAAUGAGUUUUAAGCCAUGUUCUUCCCCAACCAGAUCAAGUUUUUCAAGUAAUAUACAAAGUGGCAGGAGGCACUAUCCGGGGCAUAUCUCGAGAAGCAGAUUCCAGCCACUCUCAUCGUCAGAACAGUUGCAUCAGGUACAUCAUGUCAUUCAGAAGGAUAGAGGUCAAAGAGAUAAUUACUUGGGGCCUCGUCAUGUUCCACCCAUUACGCAACAUAAAAGGACAGGGCCUGUUGGUAGUCCUCUGGCAGUAAGCAGAGCUGCAUGUGGUCCAAACAACAUCAAUUGCACGCCUUAUUUACCGACUUCAACAAAUUCAAUACACAACACCAUAGUUAAUCGAAAUCAUAUCAGAAGGCAGAAUAUUCCUUCCAGUUUGAAUGUAGUAUCUCCUACUAAUUUGGGCAGCUGUUCGCCCAACUUAAUUGGUGUUUCUUCAAGUAUGACACCUUCUCAAGUCAGCAGUGAUGGUCAGGGUAGUAAUCAAUCACUCAGUGGGCAAAACAUCCAUCAGCAUCACAGCCUACCUAGCGCAUUUCCAAGUUUCUCAGAUAGCCUCAGUUGGAUUAACGAGUUCCUUCAAGCAGAUGACAAGCCUUCUGCUCCACCUGCAGUUGAGAGCAUUCACGUUCCAUCUACAGAGCCCACACAUGAGGAACAGCCUGGAAGAGAUUUUAAUACCGCGGUCGCUGGAAGUUUUGACAUGAGCGCAACAGGUGUCGACUUUGAGAAUUGGUGGUUGGAGAACCCGCCCCCGGAGAAUAAUUUUCCCCCCGUGCCUGCAGCCGUAGAUGCUGGUAUGCUCUUAUUUGAUUUCGAGACCUCCUGGAAUAGUGUCACCCAAUCAUAACUGGUCACCCCUCAAUUUUUUGGGAAGGGAAGCAAAGCUGGCUACAGUAGUUUCUAUUUACAGUAGGAACAUCAGCUCUGUUUUUUUUUCCUUCCCUCUUCCGGUUGACAUGCGCUUCUAGUGAUUUUAGGAAGGUUGGUUUUUCAAGGAGUUGCAAUUGUAUAGAAUGCUCUGAGGUCUGUGUAUUUUGUAAAUAAGCCUGCAGUUCUCCCCUGUACAUAGGGGUUCCUGAUAACAAAAUCCAUGGAGGAUGCUCUGCCGCUUGCUGCUUUCGCACGCAACUUACAUGCAAUAUAGUUCUGCUUUUAGUGCUUGAAUGUUGUGCCCACCCGCGUUUGCUGUUGUGAGUCUCUUUCCGAAGAAGAUAGUGCAGACGCCUUUGAAGGCAUUAGACCUGGUGGCCUCGUUGUUUGGGGUGGAAUCAUGAGAGCUCGGGUUAGUUUGAGGCAUGCCAUGGCUGCAUUUGACAUUUUGGGUUGAAAUGUGAUGUUUUAAUUGGAUCCCACCUCAUCUGUUAGGAUGGCGACCGUGAUUUUUGUCGUCGGGGUCGCACAAGGUUAUGAUCCUAAGGGGCAUUUGUUACAGAUACACGGCGGAACAUCCACGGGGGCUCUGUUUGCAAAUGGUAACUCCUGGAGCACGUCAAGUUGUCCCUCUGUUUCGUGUGAUUGCAAGUUUCCAUUUCUACAGGUCCAAACUCAAACCGUUUGCCGUAUCACUGAAGCAAAUUUGUCCCUCAAAUCUUCACCCAUCCAAGCUGUUCUGGUUUUGGCAAGAUGAGGUGCUAUCAAUCCAAUUAAAAUGAGAAGCCAAGCCUGAUUAAGGCGAUGUACAUCGGUCCUGGCCAAAGCCUACCUUCGAUUAACAUAUAUAUCCGAGAUCACGUAUAAAUACCCUGUAUAGCGUACUAUGAUGUGUAAAAACAUGGCUCUGACCCGAUGUCGAAUUUGUUAUGUUCCGAAUUUAUUCUAAUUUAUGUUCAAAUCGAAAUUACUCGGAUUUAC